AUGGGGUCGCAAGCUUCGUCGAUGCCUUCAAUUGGCUCCAGCGCCGUGGCCGCGCCCGCGGUUGCAACCACGCUGCAGUCGGAUGAUUCUUCAACCAAACCCAAGCCGUGCUGCGUGUGCAAAGACGAGAAAUCCAAGCGAGACGAGUGCAUGCUCUUCUCAACGGCGGCAGACCCCGAGAAGGACUGCAAUUCCACGAUCGAGCAAUACCGGAGUUGCAUGGCCGGCUUCGGCUUCAAAGUAUAG